GAACUUCAACAGUCCAAACGGUUCUACACCUGAUCUUAGCCAAAGGCCGAGAAGCGAUCUUUUAACGGUUUUGAGAGCAAGAGAGAGGCUUCGUUAUCGGUCCAGAUAAAAACAUGGAUUAUGGUGAGAAAUCACUCCCUGACAGCAUCAACCCCAAUAACUUCCCUGCCAAACUCUGGCGUUUGGUGAACGACCCGCUAAAUAAAAGCAUCUUCUGGGACAAAAACGGCGAGUUGGUCAUCAUUGAUGAAAACCUCUUCCAGAGACAGAUCCUGUCUCCAAACACACUCGGCAUGGACAACCCCGACAAGUUCAAGACGACCAACUUCUCCAGCUUCGUCCGUCAGCUCAAUCUGUACGGCUUCAAGAAAGCAGAUCCAGCUUGCAGAAAUGCCACCGGGUACAAACCGUUGUUUCAUCGUUUCUACAACUCAAACUUCAACAGACAACAUCCGGAACUUGUGGCAAGUCUGCGGAGACUCACCGCUGAAAACAAGGCCAAGAUACAAGCUGGUGUGGACGUCAGGUGUCGGCCCCCAAGUCAAAACCAGCGGUACAGCUCAGGGGAUGAUGGCAGAGAUCGAAACGGGAAAAGAGGCAGUUCUUCUCCGCUCAGCCCCACACGUCAGGGGCCGACUCCUCCUCGCUGUCCAGCUAAAGCUCAGGUCAUGUCGGCGUACAAUGGAACCCCAGUCCCUCCACAUUUCCUGAUGAGGGGACUUGGUGCUGCUUUUUCACCGAUGUUUGCCGCAAAGGAAGGGAUGCCGGUGUCUCUAGGCCACCAGUACGCUGCAGUGGCCACAAGCUCCAAUGCUGUGCACUUUCAGCAGAGUUUACUGGCCCGUGCAAACCAUGGAAAUCCACAUUUUGCAACUUUUAAUACUUCUAAUGCACAACAUCAGCCUCCCAACUAUUCUCCAGUUUGCCAGUGCUACCGUCCACGCUUUGUGGCAUCACCUAUGACAGGAAGUGGGGUGCCGCACGGUUCCUUCUCUCCCCACAGUUAUUACCAGGCUAGUUAUCCUUUUCACACGCUGAGUCAUGAGGACAACAACCAGAACUCGAAGGGACUCCAGGACAUGAAAGAAUGUGACAUAAAUCUGGACAUGGUUUUCCAGAUUGCUGAUGAAAUGAUGCCACUUCCGUCCAUCAACAACCCGGUUAAAGUCGAGACCCCCGAGAAGCCACAUGAAGCGUUUGCGCCGUCCUUCAGCGACCAUAACAUCGUGCUGUGUGACAUCUCCACCAGCACCAGGACCGUGAAACCUCGUCCCGUCCCCACUGUAACGUCCGUGAUGAGCCACGCCGGUCUGCUGGCGUACAAGCAGCAGGAGGAGUCUGUGGUGUCAGUGCCCGAGCAGGUGCCUGAAAACGCCAUAUAUGAGCUUUACAGACGACCUGUAUAUUACCGGCUGUGGUUUCCUCUGUGCCCCGGCAAGGUCACCGGUGACGAUGAAGAGGACAGUGAGGUUGUAGAUGUGGAUGUUAGCGAUUCUGUGAGGGACACCAGUCAGUCCACAUGAACAGGAAGUACACCUGAUCUUUAGAUCUCACCUUUUUAAUUGAUUGGCAUGAGACGGAUUCACGUCAGGAUCUUAAGUUCUCACUUUUAUCAGACUUUAUUCUCCAC